AUGGCGAAGAACGAACCAAAAGCCUUUUUGGAAGUUGUUCUUGAUCAAUUCAGUAAGGUACGAAAGGAAGAUGGUGCCAUUCUCGUUGAUGAGUAUGUCAAUGCAUACGAAGCUAUAAUUGUUUUUUUCGACUAUUUUGGCCGGCUGUUUUCGUUUAUCACUGCAGACGUUAAAAGUAAAAUUGAAAUUCUUAGGAAACAUCGAAAAGGAGAUGCAGGCCAAAAUUAUUUAAGUGUGCGAUCAAUGCUUGAAUAUGAGGUCAAUCGUAAUAUUACAAUUGUCAAAGGCCCAAUACCUUCCGCAUCUCGUACCUUGUUACGCUUGCAUCGUGCGUUAGAUUUUAUUCGAUUAUUUUUUGAGAAAUUGUCCGAAAGUCAAGAACACGAUAAAGUCUCAUCAAUUGCGUCCGACUGUUAUAACCAAACUUUAGCUAACUUUCAUCCAUGGUUGGUUAGGAAAGGCACCGCCUUGGCUAUGUACGCUUUACCUAACAGAGCUUGCCUUUUAACUAAAAUCAACGAUCAGGCUACAACGACUGAGGCUGAUACUCUACAGUUGUUGGCAAACAUUGUAGCAGUUAUUAAUCCAAUUUAUGAAGAAACUCAAAGCCUUUAUAUUAAACAGGAUCUGUUAUUACUACCUUAA